CGUGCACCCUAAUCCCCCCCCCCCCACCACCUCUAUCGUCACUGGAUUAAUGCCGCUCAAAACAUUGCGUUGCUGCUAAAAGGAUUUGAUGUGACAAUCCGUGCCGACGCGUCUAGCCUACGUGCCUUUUCCUCGCCUUAUUAAGGCAGCAGUAGCGAGCGUGCGAUGCUCAUUGACACAAAACAUUCCUUGACAUGCCAACUUUUACUCUGCAGGGUUACCCUGUCAACCUUAUUAAUUGAUUCUGAUCUAGCUUCAUGGUGCCAUUCUACCGCGGUGUUUUCUCAACUUGCCAUUGGCGUAGAGUAGAAACGCUCGCUUCUAAAUAUAUACACACACGGCCGUAGGAAUUGAAUUGGUUUGGGCAAACUGGCUGUUGAAUAUUCCCAUCGCCUGCUCUCUCUGUUCAACCGCUUCCCCGCCGGUACAUCGCUUUGACGGCUUGUGCCCAACCCUACCACUCGCCUCGAACACCCUGCUACGAUGCCGUCCGCGAUGGUUGCGACGAGGGGACACUUUGUGAACGCGACCCCGCCGAUGCUGCUCGGGCUCGCGGGGGUGGAGGGCUCUCUGGACAAGGCUGGUCCGUUCAGCCCGGAGGCGUACACCGCGCUCACGUUCGCCAUGGCGAUGAUAGCGCUGUUGGGCGUCUGCUGCAAUGCGCUUGUGCUAACGCUCUUCGUCAAGUUCAAGAGGCUGCGGACGCCCGCCAACCUCCUGGUGGCCAACAUGAGCCUGAGCGACCUGCUGGUUUCGUUGUCAGGCAGCGGUCUCUCGCUGGGGGCCUGCGUGGGGCACGGCUGGAGCUGGGGGCCCCUCGCCUGCAUCUGGGACGGAUUCGCCAACACUUUGUUCGGACUCGUCUCAAUCGCGUCGCUGAGCGCGCUGGCGUGGGAGCGCAACGCGCGCCUGACCAACUCGGACGACGCGACCUUCGACCUCUCAUGGAGCUUCCGCGCCGCCCUCGGCACCUGGAUGUACGCCCUCGCCUGGGCCUCGCCGCCCACCGUGGGCUGGAACCGCUACGCGCUGGAGGCGCAUCGCCUCGGCUGCUCGGUGGACUGGCGCUCCAGGAGGCGCGCGGACUGCACCUACACGCUGCUGCUGUUCCUAUGCUGCCUGGCGAUGCCCGUGCUGCUCAUGACCUACUGCUACGGCAACAUCGUCUUGACCGUUCGCAGGUUCCGCAAGCUGGAGGUCCUGGAGGCCCCUCAGGUGCUCAAGGCUCGGUGCUCCGAGAGGAAAGUCUCCGCCGUGUGCCUGCUCAUGAUGCUGCUCUUCCUGCUGUGCUGGUCGCCCUACGCCGUCGCCUCAUUGCUCGUGGCUUCUGGGCUCGAGCACCUGGUGACCUCCCCCGUCUCCAUCGUGCCCUCCCUGCUCGCCAAGUCCAACGCCGUGUGCAACCCGCUGCUCUUCCUGCUCAUGAGCGGCAACUUCUGCCGCUGCCUGCGGACGAUGUUCUUCACGCUGCGCUGGAGGUCCAACCUCAGCCGAGUGGGCAUCGUGUGCCCGCAGUCGCAGCGCCACCCGCGGCAGCGCGACGCCACGCGACCCAAGAAGAAGGUCACCUUUAGCUCCAGCUCCAUCGUCUUCAUCAUCACAUCGAGCGAGGAGAAAGACCCCACUGACGCCGCGGGAGAGAACAGUGCCGCGGCCGCGCUCGCAGUCCCGGCGGACACGUGCGUCGUUCACGUGAAGCCCACGUGACGAGCGAGAACUUGGGCUCGCGCGUUGGGCUUGGACCGCGGGGCGUUUUCAGGGCACGCACGCGGAGCGCGAGUCGGACCGUCGAAACCAUCCGGGGAAGAUGUUUCUUGCGCCCAACGACCCCCCCUCCUCGCCUCUGUCCACGUGGAGCGAACCACUC